UCCAGACGCCUUGUAGGCGCGUGUCAAGAUCCCCCGCCCCUUUAAUACAGCUCUAGUUCCGGUCAGUAUUCCCUCCUCUCUGUUCAUUCCAAAGUUCCAAACUACGAAAAGCAACGUCUAGGGCUCGUUUCGUGGCGCGUUUCAGCGCUCAUAAACCUCAGAUUCUCAAUCAAAUUCUUUAAGACGCAUAUUGUCUUUGUGAGCAACAGAUCUUACUCUCUCAUUUCUCUUUCAUGGACGAAUCCUACACAAGCCUCCCUACCAGCCAUUUGCUUGGCUCCGUGCCCGCGGUUGUCAAAGAAGAAAAGAAUGGGACAAACUAUGAGGUCCCUGAAGCAAAUAUGCAAAUAUUCCCUCCAAAUAAUGCAGGGCGGGGUUAUCAAACUCUUGGAAGUCCACCUGAAGGAUUUGAGCAACAACCAGCAAACGGCUGGAAGGGAGUGUUUAGUAUCUCCUCAUACACACAAUAUUUCAAUGUUGAUACAGACAUUGUCUUAAACCGGCUGAUGAGUUCUUUGUAUCCUAUUGGCACAGAUUUUUUUAGCAAGAUUGAUGCUAACCCUGAUCUAUAUGGGCUUAUCUGGAUUUCCACUACAUUGGUAUUUGUGCUUGCUUCUUUUGGGAAUUGUGCAACCUACCUCAUGGAGAAACAUAGUGACAGCACUACGUCUUGGAGUUUUGACGUCAGCUAUGUAAAUAUGGCAGCAGGUUCAGUCUAUGGUUAUGCAAUUGUGGUGCCACUAGCCUUUUACUUCUUGCUGCAGUAUCUGGGUGCAAAUGCAAACCUUGUGCGAUUUUGGUGCUUGUGGGGAUAUUCUCUCUCUGUUUUUGUUCUGGCCUCAUUUCUGUUGCUCAUCCCGGUCGAGAUUCUUCGGUGGAUCAUUAUACUUCUUGCUGGUACUGCUUCAGCAUGUUUUGUUGCCUUGAACCUCAGGUCUUAUAUGGCAGGCAGUGAUCUUUCACUGAUGGUGGUUGCUGCAUUUUUCUUGCAAAUGGCUUUGGCGAUCUUCAUCAAGGUCUGGUUCUUUCCAUGAUCUCAUGCCAUAUGGCCGUUUCUGCAACACCAACACGGUCUGGAAGACAUAGCUGGAGUGGAAUUUGUCUGGAAGACGAGUUUUCCUGUGUUUGGGAUUACUCGCUUGGUUGCAUUUGUAAUUUAAUGAAGAGUCUUUAGUCACGGAAUGGGGGAAAGAAUUUUAAGAAGAGGCAGCAGUGUCUUUGAUGAGUGGUAGUGUUUUUUUUAUCCGUUUCUGCAACACCAACACUAGCAGAGAGGAGAACGAAAUCUUUGGAUUUUCCUUUUUUUUUUUUUGGAUCCAGGAUUUUCCAUGUUUUAACCUUGUGUAAAUA